UUAACUUCCAUCUUUGUUACGUUUAACACUUUAAUGCUGAAUAUGACAUAUAAUACAAGCAAAACGCGGAGAAUCGUAACGUCCAAGUAAUGGAAACGCCAUUUCUGCAUGACUUCUCCAGCUACCACCACCAGCUUAUUGGGCACGACGGUGAUUACCGACCGGUUAAAGACCUGAAAGAAUGGUGGAUUGUAUUCUGGAUCGAGACAGUGAAGCUAUGGGAGAUUGGAGGCCCAAUUGCUUUCAAUGUCCUUUGUCAAUACGGGACCUACUCCAUUACCGUUGCUUUUUGUGGUCAUCUUGGUGCUGUUGAGCUCUCUGCUAUUUCUGUUGCUCAAAACGUUAUUGGUACUUUCUCUUUUGGCUUCAUGUUGGGCAUGGGGAGUGCGCUGGAGACACUGUGUGGACAGGCAUUUGGUGCUGGGCAAAUACAUAUGCUUGGGAUUUACACACAGCGGUCGAUGGUUAUUCUGUUGUUCAGUACAUUCCUUCUGUUGCCAAUGUAUAUUUUUGCAACUCCACUACUUAAGCUUUUAGGCCAAGAACAUGAAAUGGCUGUUCUUGCUGGGAAAUUUGCCCUGUUGUCAAUUCCCGAGUUGUAUUCACUGGCGGUCACUAUUCCCACUUCAAAAUUUUUGCAAGCCCAAAGUAAAGUUCGUGUGGUGGCUUGGAUUGGUUUUGUGGAUCUCUUACUCCAUGCUCUUCUGCUAUGGCUGUUCAUAUAUGUAUUCAAGUUGGGUACAGAUGGGGCUGCAUUAGCAUUUAAUAUUACAGGCUGGGCGGACGCAAUAGCUCAAUUUAUUUACGUGGUUGGUUGGUGUAAGGAUGCAUGGACGGGAUGGUCUUUAUCGGCAUUAAAUGAGAUUUGGGCAUUUGUUAGACUCUCAGUUGCUUCAGCUGUCAUGUUAUGCCUUGAAAUGUGGUACAUGAUGAGUAUUAUUAUACUCACUGGACAUCUCAAGGAUGCAGUUAUUGCUGUUGGAUCCCUCUCUAUUUGUAUGAAUGUUGAUGGAUGGGAAGAGAUGGUGUUUAUUGGAAUCAAUGCUGCCAUAAGUGUUCGAGUCUCUAAUGAGCUUGGGCUAGGUCAUCCCAGGGCUACCAAAUAUAGUGUAUAUAUCACAGUGUUUCAGUCACUCCUCAUUGGGAUACUCUGCAUGAUAAUUGUACUGGCCGUAAAAAAUCAUCUAGCUAUUUUUUUCACAAACAGCAAGGAUUUGCAACAAGCCGUUGCAGAUCUUGCUUGGCUUCUUGGAAUAACCAUGCUUCUUAACAGUGUUCAACCUGUAAUAUCAGGUGUUGCUAUAGGAGGUGGAUGGCAAGGUUUAGUGGCCUAUAUCAAUUUAGGAUCCUACUAUGUUUUUGGUAUUCCUCUGGGAUAUUUGCUUGGUUAUGUGGCUGACUAUGGAGUCGUGGGACUAUGGGCAGGAAUGAUAGCAGGACUUGCUUUGCAGACACUGCUACUCUCAUUUGUACUCUAUAGAAUUGAUUGGAAUAAAGAGGUUGAGCAAUCGGCAGAGCGCCUACGCAAGUGGGGAGGUCAAGACUUUGAAGCUGAGGAAAGUCUUAUUCCGGAGCCUACGAAAGCCUUACCAUAAGAGUGAGAAUUUGCAGUGACUUCAGAGGAUGAAGAGUCUCUAUCUUUGUUUUUUUGUUAACCAGUUAAUAACAACUAGACCAGGCUAGUAUAUACUCUAACAUUGUGACUUGUGAGUUGGGGCUAUUAGUUUUAAUAGGAAUGUAGCUGCAAUUUAGAACAUUAGGCUAAUAUGUUUGUUUGUUUUGCUCUUUCUCCAUCCUCACACUUUUGAUUCGCAAACUCCAUUUUUCAAAUAUAAAAUUGUUUCAACUAA